AUGGAUCGACAGACAUUGCUAGAGCAAAAAAGACAGAGACUUCAGGAAUUGAAGCUGAGGAGGAUCAACCUGCAGACCCUGGUUGCCCCAGAGAAGAAUGCUAGCGAGAUCGAUGAUUUGGUUGAGCGCAUGCAAGUAAUACCCAAGACCAUGGUGAGUGUAGGGGUUCAAACGGAUCCGCAUGAGAGUGUGCCUAACAAUGAGGAAACUGAAAGGUACAGCCAGCCGCCAAAAAUGGGUAAGAUAACCUUCGACAAGGGAGUACAAGCUGUGCCAAUUGCAACCGAUCAUUUUGCGGAACAGCAAAACAUUGACAGUGCUAAAGAAAACGAGAUACAACUGGGAAGUAAAAACGAACAGAAUUUGACUGACGAUUCACUAUCAGAAGAAAUCGACUUUGAAAACCUCAAUUCCGAAGUCUCCAAAUCUCUCAAGACCCUCAAUAAGUUAUUGGUUCAAGAGUCACAAGAGCCUAACUACUUUCUGGUAAAUGAAAAUCAACCCACAGACUUGGGCUACACAAUUUCUAACAGCAUUUCAGCAUUAAUUCACUCUAAUACAAUCCCAGGUAUUGGUGGUCGGGCUGUGAAGUGCAUGGAUGUGUGCCAGAGCCAUCCCGAGCUAAUUGUGGUCUCCUACGCAGCACGCAAUGAGUAUCACACCAUCAAUGACAGUAACAGAGGGAGAGAUGACGGCAACGGUGCCUCCCUUGACAGAAUGAAGAACUCACCUGGUUGUGCGGGGGUAUAUAAUAUUGGGGGCAAGAGUCCGGUACUAGAGUUCUAUCUUCUAGCCACGUCGUCUAUCUCUAGUAUCAAAUUUGAUAGAGGCCAACCUAACAAGGUUAUAGGGGGGUUGUCCAACGGAAGAGUUGUGAUAUGGGAACUUCAAAAUAAUGGGCACUCUAUUGUCCUAUUGCCACUGUUAGUAUCUCCAAUACUUUCAACUAGCAGCAAUUCUCUUAUAAGGAAGGGUAAGGGAUCGGAUCUGAUUUUCUUUCAGAACCAUACCAACCCAGUAUCGCUGAUCGUUCAAGACAGCGACCUUGGUACUCAUGAUAAUAAUCGCCCAGCUAUCACAGCUUCUGUGGAUGGUAUAAUUAACUUAUGGUCUACCAGCAUAUUGGCAGCUCCUAAGGUUGAUUCACUACAACUUUACAAACCGUUGACGGUGGAUGAAGAGCAGCUUACAAGUGGAGGAAAUUUCACAUCAAGCGGACCCAAGGAAAAGCUAUUAAUCACUAGUAUGAUUUUACUUAACCACCUCCAGCAACAGCAUUCCAAUUCUUCAUCGGCAGCAGCAUCGAGCCUGGCCAAUACCACAUCUUCCAACGAAAUAUCUGAGCAGCACGCAUUUUUAAAUAAGACUAUUGUUGGAUGUCAAGAUGGAAACUUGUACAAACUAUGCAACAACAAGAAAAGUAAACAGUUCAUUCAGAGUUCUAGUAUGCUACUGGAAUCAGAACACUCAAUGGUAACAACCUUAACGGAGUUGCACAUCAAUAAUGGACUGAAUAAUAAUGCACACAAUCAGUUUACAAUUAUUAUUACAACAGGAAUAGAAAAUGGGUUCAAAGUAUGGCAGGUGACAGACGACUCUAUAAGAAAAGUAGCAUUUGUCCAUACGAACUAUACAUUGGUGAAUGCCCUAAGUAGACCACAAAAGGGCUUCCAAUUUAUAAGUUUGGGAUUGCAGCCAUCUGCUUCCUCGUCUACACAUGUGAGCCCAGUGAUUGAAAUUUGGAACUUACAAAAGAAAUUGAUGAACUCUAUAUUGACCUUAGACAUACCAGAGAUCGCUAGAGAACUGGUACCAACAACCAUGGAAUUUUCCGAUUCGGGUGAUCUGCUUUACGUUGGCUUCAAUGACGGUAACGUUCUAGUCUGGAACGUAGACGAUUUAUUACUUGAGGAUACGGCUGAACUAAACCCAAAGAUUGACGAUGGAAUUGAAAAACUAUUAUCUAAAUAA